AUGGCAUUGGGACAGGCGGAGGGAGUUGCUGUUUGCAGAGAUGCUGGGCGUACCGCAGAAUCGGGGGAUCCCAUGUGUUCUAGUCCCUACAACUUUCAUUGGUUUGGAAUACCUGAAAGAUUCGUAUUCGUGACGGUACAACUAAACAACUACAGGCACACUCGUUUCUGUUCCUGGAUUGCGAUGGAUUCGUAUUUCAAAGGUGUACAUGGUAUGUUGAUUAGAAUAGUUGUGAUGGGGUUGCAGGGGGAAAAGAGGCUCUCAACGUGUGUCUUCGUGGGAAUUAGAAGAGGCUCUCAACGCGUGUCUUCGUGGGAAUUAGAAGAGGCUCUGAACGUGGAAUUUCGCCAGACUUCGUGGGAUUUAGAAGAGGCUCUGAACGUGGAAUUUCGCCAGACUUCGUGGGAUUUAGAAGAGGCUCUGAACGUGGAAUUUCGCCAGACUUCGUGGGACUUUAGAAGAGGCUCUGAACGUGGAAUUUCGCCAGACUUCGUGGAACUUAGAAGAGGCUCUGAACGUGGAAUUUCGCCAGACUUCGUAGGAUUUAAAAGAGGCUAUCAACGCGGGACUUCGUGGGAUUUAGAAGAGGCUAUCAACGCGGCGCUUCGUGGGAUUUAGAAGAGGCUAUCAACGCGGCGCUUCGUGGGAUUUAGAAGAGGCUAUCAACGCGGCGCUUCGUGGGAUUUAGAAGAGGCUAUCAACGCGGCGCUUCGUGGGAUUUAGAAGAGGAU